UACACCCUAUAGUCAGAUUAUAAAGAUAACUAGCAUUCAUCUUACGCAACCAAUAAAUGAUAAAGCCUUUGAACUUUAUGUACUCAUGACUUGCACGUUUUACUUUGCCGGCCACGAUUUGUGUUUUUCUAAAUAAAUUGGCAAAGACAAAAUGGACAAUCUAGAAUUGGAAUCAAGGAAAUCCUGGUCUCUAAGACUACAAAAGAUUACCUGUUUUUCUCGAUAUCGUGGAACAUUAGAAAAAGUUUUUUUCGCUUUAUUCGCUAUUGUAUCUCAAGUUGGUGUCAACGUAUUGCUGCCCUUGUGGAUUGACUCAACAAUAUUGAAGAAUAAAGAUGCAAAUGGUACAACAGUUAAUCAAAGCACGAUUUCUUUCUAUGAUUGUUUGAAAUGAAACACACAAAUAGAUGAUAAUUUCACAAGCAAAUCAUUAAACAAGACACCCUCCUCAGGCGUUUAAUACGCAUGUGUGGCAAAACUUAUAGAAACAAAAGUGCACCUGUAAGUCACAAGUGUCAGAACCUAAAUUUAUUUUUGUUGUAUUCCAUACGGACAUACAUAUAUCCUCAGAAAAAUUUGCCCAAAAAAUGCUAUAAGCAUAAAAAGGCAUCGCGAUCAAUGUAAUGCUUCUUAAUUACACACAAUAUGUGCUAGAUCACGAGCCAUUUAAAAUUUCAGGACACGUGUAAAUCAUACGUAGAUUUGCAGUCAAACACAAUCUCGUACAUAUAUAUUUUAUUGCGGUGCUAUGUACAUUUGUGUUUAAUGUGCGACAACGUUCCGAGUCGAAGAAGGAGGUAAAAAAUAGAAAUUCAACAUGCACGAGGAAGAUUAUGAAAAAACAGUAACAUUCGGCUGUAUUAAAUCAAACCUUACUAUAGCAAACAUAGUAUUCGGUUUCCUAUCAGUUUUUGGUCAAUUUGGUUAUCUUAUCUGUCUACCUUUGUGGAUCGAUUCCGGUUCCUCAUUUCAAAACCUCAACGACAAGAGUGAAGUUAACGCAUCAAGCAAAAUACGUGAAAGUAUUACAUCUCCUUUGGCGGGAAACAAAAGCGACAUUUACAAACCAAGAAUCGAUCCAAUAUUUAUCUUGUGCUUUACAAACGUGACUUUACUUCUCGCAUUCGCAAUAUUACUGCUCAUUGCUCACGCAUUGAACAGGAAUGAAAUUGGCGAGACAGAGAGAAAAUUCUCACAACUACAAUUUGUCCGGACGGGAAUUCUCGAUGCGGCAGGUUGGUUUUUCGCAUCCUUCGCAGGCAGUGGUAACCGAACAUCACCAUCAUUACAGUCCAUUUUGAUCAACGCAAUAAUUCCACUGACAAUUAUAGUUCGAUAUAUUGUACUUCGUAAAGUUCCAACAAUUCGUCAAUUUUUGUGUGCAAUGGUCGUUUUGGUUUCAUUAUUCAUCUGUCUUCUCCCCAAAAUAUUCCCUUCCGUUGACUCAGAAGCCGUCGGUUCUGGCAAUGGAGCUAAUGGCGUUGCUGGUGUUCUAUGGCCGUUGUGUUUUAUGAUGUAUUGCGUUCCAAUCUCAGCCUUUACUGUGUAUGUUGAAAGAACACUGACAGUAAAACUUGAAUCGACCGGUCGUGCAGUAAAUUUGAUUUUCUUCCUUUUCUGGUCGCAUGUGUACAAGCUACUCUUUGUUCUUUGCAUCUUCUGGGCAAAUUUAAUUCCUGGAUUUGGUUACGCAGACAACAUUCACAAUUUCUGGGAAAACAUGUCUUUUGGUUUCAAGUGUUUUUUUGGAGGACGUGGAUGUGGCAUAAAUAGUGGGACAUCAGGAGCUUUGUAUAUUUUUUCAUUACUCUGUAAUGUUACUGGAACAUCUUUCAUAAGAAAGCAUGGAAAAGGAGCAACCUUUUCUGUCCUUCUAAGUGCCGUUGGCACCCCACUUUGUUUUCUAUUUUGGACAUUAUUCCGCGAGAGUCCCUUUGGUUUUCAUCCAAAUGUGACCACAACAACGUGGUGUAACAUUGCAGGACUUGUACUAAUGAUGCCAGCAAUAUUCAUCUAUAACAUUGAGUCCCAACAUGUUGCAGUGCCUCAGAGCAAUAACGAUGAGACUGAAAACGAAAGAACACGUCUUCUGCAAAUUCAAUCAAGAGGUAGACAGACAUCUUUAACUCCAUUCGAUAAGAACACAGACACCCUCCUCUCCAAUCUAUAAGAACAAAGACACCCUCCUCUCUAAUCUAGAAUAACACAGACAUCCUCCACUGUAGUCCAUGCAUACAUUACCAGGAAGGCAACACCGAGUUUUUGAUGGUAACAUCAAAAAACUUUGGCAACAAUUGAAAUACUAAAAUUGCUUUCAGUCUUUGUUUAUAAACAAUUUAUUUAGGCGCAAUUGCACAAUUAGCAUCAGUAAUUGAAUCGGGCCAUACUUUAUCAAAAACCAGUUAUUUGGAAAAUGUAUAGAUAAGAGGAAAAACUAUUAUUGAGUGAUUUAAAAACUUAUUAUAUUGCAACGAUUAAUUUAUUAAUUCAUUUAUACAUUAUUCAUAGCUUUAUACAACUGUAAUAUGGUAAAACAAUAAAUAACACAAAAUAUUGCGA